GCAACUCUAUCGGGUGAUGUCUUCUCUCAAAGAAAGUAACAACAAAAACAACUGGAAAACUGGAGUUUCUUUUCUAGUUAGAAAAAGUGCAUUGGCCCCGAAAACUACGUGCGAAAAAUGACCUCUAUCAUGCUCCCCAACACCGUGGAGUAUGCCUGCGUGUGUGGCUUACUAAAUCCACUAACCAAGCUGUAUUUCUGCCGCUAUUGUAUGAAGCUGCGUUGCGGAUUCUGUGUCUGUCACGAGGUUGACUCCCACUUUUGCUCCAACUGUUUGGAGAACAUUCCCUCGUCGGAAGCCAAGAUCCGGAAGAAUCGUUGCAAUACUUGCUUCAAUUGUCCCAGCUGUCAGCAUACGCUUUCCGUACGGGCUUCCAGUGCUGCGGUCGCGACUGCCGCAACACCGGUUACUACGGCAGAUUCCUCAGCCGCUGGUGGUGGGGAUGAACAGAAGAAGGAAGGAACUCCGGAGUCCGGCACGGGCCCGGGUUCCAAGCAGGUCACCCGUAAGAUGUACUAUUUGGCCUGUCUGAAUUGUCGCUGGAGCUCGCGAGAUGUUGGAAUACCGGAUCAAAUCGUAGCUACCGGUCAGUGGCCAGUAGCGGAGUACGCCAAUGCAACCAGGUUUGCGCAUCUGCUUGAACACUACCAAUCAGUGGUGCUUCACGAGAAGCAAGAAAAGCAGGAGCUUUGGCGACGUAAAACUCCAAAGCAGAGUAAAUUUCCCAGCCUUACCGAUCGUACCGGGCUGACGGUUUCGAUGAUUCGUCGUCAGAUGGGGUGGUCUGAUAGUAAGGCACAAAUUAAGGCGACUCCGUCGCCUAUCAAUCGUUCUGUAGCCAGUGAAUCGGUUGACGCACUGCCGUCAGAAAUAUUAACUAAGCAGAUUAGUUUGAAGAAUAUAACGACUUUGCAGCAGCGAUUGGGACAAACUGCAAAGCAGCCGUUUACCGUUAAUAAACUAUUUCCCCAGCAUAAAUUGCUGUCGAUUAAGCGCUCGUUGCGAUGCCGUCAAUGCGAUCACAACGUCAUCAAGUCCGAGUACAAUCCGAGCUCGAUUAAAUAUCGUAUUGCGAUGUUCGCGGCAUAUCACGUACCGGAGGUGCGUUUUGUCAAGUGCGAUCCGCUCACGAUAGGUCAAGAAUCCACUCUCCUAUUGAAGAUGAUCAAUCCAACAAUCAAUGAUAUGACUAUCACAAUUAUGGAACUGCCAACCGAAACGGAGGAAAUACUGAUGAUUGAGGAGUUAAAACUGUCGGCGGAAAAUAGCGCUUCGUCGUCACUGGUGAUCAGCGGGUUGAGCUCCAGUCUGGCCAAACAGGCAAACCUGCUGGAAGAUCCUCGCAUGGUAGAGCGAAAGAUCAAUGGAAGCUUCCGGCUACCGGAUUCGUCGUUCGUCAUCAAUCAUCGGGAUGAUUCGGCCGAGUUCGAUGAGGUUGUUCAGUCACAGCAGGAAGAUCCCAGAUUCAUAAUUUGGCGUAAAGCCAAUCAAGUAGCACUCAAGCUGGCGGUUCAACCGAAUGACGAUUGUUCGCCGGAUGAGGAGGUCUGCAUCGGAUUCUCUCUGCAAUACACUUACGUUAGCACGGUAGUAGAGAAGGGCAGCACCACUUCCACCAGAGGACCCCAGAAGCAGGCGCUCACCACUCGGGUCUACGUAAAACUUGGCAAACCAGCCAAAACAGAACUGGCAGCCACCGCCUAAUCAUCAGCACAAAACAGUUACUCUCGCCUAUAUUAUUGCAGCUUAUUUAUUCACGUUCCCAAUAACUUCUAAUAAAAAGUAAUAUUCAAAACACAAA